UGUUCCUUCACUUCACUGCUGAUCGUGCAGACUGCUGCUGCUGUCGUCUGCCUUACUUUACAUCACUGCUACAUCAGAGGAAUGACCUCUAUACAGCAGACUGCCUGAAGACCUGCACCCUCCUGGACUAACACAUGGACACACACACGUCCUGACAGCAUGGGCUCCAGACUGAAACCUAACCCUGAGCAAACCUUCUACUGGUUCUUUGAAGCAGCAUGUCCUGUAGCCAGAGACAAAGAUCCUAGUGUACUGUUUCAGUUUCCCGAGGAUUUCAGUGAUGAGGAGUGCUGUCAAACAUUACCCAGGUUCUGCUUCCCCUAUGACAUACAAAGAGUGAGGGAGGGAGUGGCCGUGCAGCACUUUACUUUUGUUUUGACUGACAUAGAGGGAUGCCAGCGGUUUGGAUUCUGUCGGCUCACCAACAGCACAAACACCUGCCUUUGCAUACUCAGCUACCUUCCCUGGUUUGAAGUGUUUUACAAACUUCUCAACAACUUGGCUGACUACCUCACAAAAGGACAGACCAAUGAGAUGAAAGCGCUCUUGGCUGCACUCUACAAGCAGCCUGUACCGCUUGUACCAGGAUGUGUCACUCUGCAGAUGGGAGAGCAGCUUUUGGUCAGCACAGAGGUGUCCCAUCCUGUUGGACACCAAGAGGAACAAGAGGGGGUUCCUUACUUCAUCGCUCCAGACCCCAGAAGUCUCCCUUCCAUCCCUGAAAAUAGGAACCUGACUGAGCUGAUUGUGGCCGUUGAUGUGGGGAACCUGCUCCAGCUCUACGCCAGCAUACUGUUUGAGAGGCGCAUUCUCAUCUUGGCCAGCAAACUGAGCACUCUGACGUCUUGUGUGCACGCACUCAGUGCCGUGUUAUAUCCCAUGUACUGGCAACACAUCUUCAUCCCUGUGCUGCCCCCCCACCUACUGGACUACUGCUGUGCGCCUAUGCCUUAUCUAAUAGGGGUCCAUACCAGUCUAUCUGAGAGGGUGAGGAGUCGGGGGCUGGAGGAAGUUGUAAUUCUUAAUGUGGACACAAACACUCUGGAAACCCCCUUUGAUGACCUGAAGAAGAUACCUUCAGAUGUGAUGUCUGGACUGAAGGUGUGUUUGAAGCGCCAGGCAUUGAUUGCUGGCUCUGGUGUGUCCGAGGCCUUCCUGAAAGCUCAGGCUCUGCUGUUUGGAGGCUACAGGGACGCGAUGCAGUUUCACGAGGAGGGUGACGUGUGGUUCAAUGAGGAGCUGUUUCUAGAUCACAAGUCUUCCAGCAUGAGGCAGUUCUUCCAGAGUGCUGUUCAUCUACAGUUCUUUAAACAGUUCAUUGACAGCCGACUGGAGAUUCUGAACAACGGGAAGGAGCCAGAUGAUCUCUUUGAGGAGGAGAUCAUAAAGUGUGAACUGACUGCAGGGAGAAGCAAAUCGUAUCAACAGUUAGUUGGUAAUCUAAAGAAGGGUGGAGGAGCGCUCAUCCUGAACAUGAGGUCCAAAGCAAACAUAAGGGCCAAAGGUCUCACAAAGUCGGGGCUGAAAAACCUUCUGACUCACAAGACCCACAGUGACGACCACUUCCUGGAGAGAGGAGGAUCGAUGUCACACCGCCGUGCCAAAUCUGACAGCUUGCAGAACCGCCUGCCGAUCACGCAACACUUUGGGAUGUCACGUCCUCGUCGGCCUGUUCACAAACACAGGUUUCCCAGAGACGAGGAGAACCCAAAGGACUCAAAAGAUUCAUGGGACGGAGCCGUGUCUGAGUCCGUGGUCGAGCCUGACUCUGGGCUCCAGAAGGAUGAAGAGGAGGGUCAAGAUUCACCGCUGUGUGACCCGGAGGAGAUGGAUCUGCUCGGGGAGAUCUUUGACACCCUCAGCUCCCGCAGCUACCACGAGCGUGGCAUUCUGUACGGCACACGCAGCCUGGAUCUGUUUGGAUCAGACAGUCAGGACUAUAUCACAAAGGUUGGUCUUACAGCCAACCCGAGCCAGGAGAGCCUGUCUCUGUCCAUCAGCGGCAGCGGCAGCCUGCACAGCUGGAACCUGGAAGUCGCAGAUGAGCCGUCAGACCUGAUGGAGGACUCUUAUUGGCUGAGCCAGGUCACCAGUGUACCAAAACAGAAGGAAACAGAGAGUCUGCAGGCAGCAUGUGAAAUGAAGGAGCAGGAAAGCGGACGGGAACAGGAAGAAGUGAACACAGCAAAAACUGGAAACCAAGAAGGAGGACCAGGAAACAGGAAUGACUUCAAGGAAGUUGAGUUUAAGGAAGAGCGAAUGACAGAUAAGAGGGAGAGUUUAGGCGAGGACCCAGCGAAAGAAACGUCUGAAAAUCGUGAGGAUGGUUUAAAAGAAAAAAGUGAAGAUGAGCAAAAACAGAGUGAAAAGAUAUUUGAAAGAGAAGAAGUGGGAAAAGAAACGUUUGAAAAUCGUGAGGAUGGUUUAAAAGAAAAAAGUGAAGAUGAGCAAAAACAGAAUGAAAAGAUAUUUGAAAGAGAAGAAGUGGGAAAAGAAACGUCUGAAAGUCGUGAGGAUGGUUUAAAAGAAAAAAGUGAAGAUGAGCAAAAACAGAGUGAAAAGAUAUUUGAAAGAGAAGAAGUGGGAAAAGAAACAAUUGACAUGCAGAACGAUGGAACAAGAGAGGAAAAAGAAACAGAGAACCAAGAAAACAAACUGACAAAUCUGAACUCCCACCCCCCCGACCCUGAACCUCCAGCAGCUCAAGACAUAAGGAGAGAAGAAGCCGUGAAGGAAGUCAAGCGGGAGAUGACACCGACGCCCUCUCCUCCGAGAAUCCUGUCUGCUGUGGAACGCUUCCAGUCUCAGGGGCACGCUCAGAUCUUCCAGCUGAAGUCAAGAGCCAAAGAGCUGAAUGAACCUGGGAGAGUUUGCAACAGGUUCCAGAACAAGGACAGUGCACAAACUCACCCGCCAUGUGACUCAAAGGUAUCCGAGGAGAAAGAUUGCUCAGAGGGGCACGAUGAGAAGGAGCUGCCGGCAAUCAAGGUGUCUGAGCUCAAGAAGAGAUUUGAAGGUUAAAGGAUCAAACGGGAACAUUUAAAGGGAUCGUGUAAAGUGAGCGGGUUAUUAUCGCAGAACGGAACCUUGAAAGUAUUGAUUUGGAAAUGAUUUUAUUGAUUUUAAAAUGAUUUCUUCGGCCAAAAUAAAAUAAAAGUGGUACAUUGGAAUCUACAGUUGGAGCGGUAAACUCUGUAGCCUUCAUAAAAGGAGCUAAACUAGCUGUCAUUACUCACAUUAAAGUGAACAUUUCCACCGAUGGUGAAGUGACACAGUGAAAGGAUCAGCAUGAAUCACAGCAGCACCUGACUGAGUUUUUCUGCCUUGUCAUGUCUGUUGACAUUUUCUUUCAUUCAACAUCUUCAAACAUCCCUGCAUCUCAUACCACGCUCUGUUAUCUGUUUACUUCACGUGCAAUUUAAAAAAAAAUGGAUUUCUCUGUCAUAGAGUUGUAUAAACAUCUUUAUCUAAUUUUUAACACUGUUGUUGUCACCUUUCUCCUUUUCCGCCAGUAAACAGACUGACAUCAAGUUUAGUUGAUAUGAUUAUAACUGGUCCUCCAGAGUCUGUGAUUAGAGCUGCGUCUCUAGCGUCCUCUGCGCCUCUCAGUAACACUUUGUUCUUCCCAACAAGGGGUCAUCCCCAUGUUCCCUCAGCCCCAUGUUCCCUCAGGCCUACAUUCCCCCAGCAUCAGGACUGGCCCUUCUAUAAUGCAAAUAAAGUUGUAAUCUCAAUUGAGCUGGUUCGAGAGGGAGACAAGAGGUCUUAAGCUAUUUACAAACCAUGAGUGAUGUGAAUAUAUGGCAUGAAACAGCGAGACGCACCUAACUCGGAGCAUUAGUGGUCAGAGGAAGACGGACUAAAGUGCCUGUUCAUAAUUACAAAGUAACUGGUGACCCGGUGUGCUUCACAAAUGUGUUAGAAGUUGUUGUUGUUUUGUCUAUGGGAAUUUGUUGGCAGAAAAUCUGCAGAUUUAUUUUUCUGGGGCACCAAGCUGGCAGUUGAUGUCAUCAAGAUUGGACAAAUAUUUGAUUUUAUUUAUUUGGUUUUUUGUAUUUUAUAAAAUGACAAAAUGAUGAAUUCUACUCAGACUUCAAGGCAAAUAUGCAGGAUGGUUGAAAUAAAGAAAUCAUUUCUACAACA